AGCGCUCAUAGUUUUAUCGGUAGUCGGGAGUACACAUCCAGGUUUGGUUCCCUGGCUCUGCGGCUAUCUGCAACUACCAUAUUUGACUCGCCCUUCCUAAUCUUCCUUUUUCUGUUCAUUUCUUCGUCGGUGGGAGGAGGGAUACGAGAGCGUUUAUAGUUUUCUGGACCUCUCGGGAGUCGGGGGUACAAAUUCAGUUUUGACUCCCUGGCUCCGCGGUUCUCAAUUACACGCUCUCAAUCUUCCCCCUCCGAUGAAUAUGGAUUCGUCGGAGACAAGAAUGAAGCUCUCUCUAGGGAUUCUGAUCGCUUUGUAUCUGUUACAGGCCUUUGCUGUAGCUUUAGAGAGCGGAGGGAGUUCUGGUUCGCCAUUUCUUUUGCUCUCCAAUGCCUCCUUGAGCGAAAGGCAUUCAGAGGGUUAUUGCGCAAUGUAUGAUAUAUGUGGUAAACGGAGUGAUGGGAAAGUUUUGAACUGCCCUUUUGGUACUCCUUCUGUGAAGCCAGAUGAGAUACUUUCUUCAAAAAUCCAAAGCCUAUGUCCAACAAUCAGUGGAAAUGUUUGUUGUACAGAGUUCCAGUUUGAUACGUUGAGAACACAAGUGCAACAAGCGAUUCCUUUUCUUGUAGGCUGCCCAGCAUGCUUGAGGAACUUUCUAAACCUCUUCUGUAUGCUUUCCUGCUCUCCAAACCAGAGCUUGUUUAUCAAUGUGACAUCUAUUGCCAAGGUUAAAAAGAAUUUGACCGUGGAUGGAAUUGAUUUUUAUGUGACUGAUGCUUUUGGUGAAGAGUUAUACAACUCCUGCAAGGAGGUGAAGUUCGGAAGUAUGAAUAGUCGAGCCAUGGACUUUAUUGGAGCAGGAGCUCAAAAUUUCAAAGAUUGGUUUGCAUUUUUAGGUAUGCAAGCAGCCCUUGAUGUUCCUGGUUCACCUUAUGCCAUUAACUUCCGGACAAAUAUUUCUGAGGCAUCUGGAAUGAAGCCUAUGAAUGAAUCCAUUUAUUCAUGUGGUGACUCAUCACUGGGAUGUUCUUGUGGUGAUUGCCCAACUUCUUCAUCGUGCUCUAAUACACCACCUCCAUCCCCGCAUAAAAAAGAUUCCUGCUCAGUUAGACUUGGAUCUCUUAAGGUCAAAUGUCUCGACUUUUCAAUGGCUAUCCUAUAUAUUGUCUUGGUUUCUGCAUUUUUUGGUUGGGGUUUGUUUCAUCGAACAAGAAAAAGGAGUUCCGCUUCCAAGAUGAAACCGCUGUUGAAUAUCAGAGAUGAAUGUGAACCCAAUUCAGUUAACAAGCAAAAAGAUGAGACCGUCCCCAUGCAGAUGCAUGAAGUGCUUCCUGGAGUGGUGAAUGGAGUCCAGCUUUCAGUUGUGCAGGGAUAUUUGUCAAACUUUUACAGGAGAUACGGAACAUGGGUUGCUAGAAACCCAACUCUUGUUCUGUGUUCAUCAGUAGCUGUUGUUCUUCUACUAUGCUUGGGACUAAUACGUUUCGAGGUGGAGACAAAGCCUGAGAAGCUAUGGGUGGGUCAUGGGAGCAAAGCUGCAGAGGAGAAGCAUUUUUUUGAUAGCCACCUGGCCCCUUUUUACAGAAUUGAGCAGCUUAUAUUAGGUACUAUUCCAGAUUCGAAGCAUGGGAUGUCACCCAGUAUUGUUAAAGACAACAAUAUCCAGUUACUCUUUGAAAUACAGAAGAAGGUUGAUCAAAUUCGUGCUAAUUAUUCUGGCUCAAUGGUAUCUCUAACUGACAUUUGCUUGAAGCCACUUGGUCAGGAUUGUGCGACUCAAAGCAUUCUUCAGUAUUAUCAAAUGGACCCUGAGAAGUAUGACGAGUACGGGGGAGUUGACCAUGCUGAGUACUGCUUUCAGCAUUACACCUCUACAGAGACAUGUAUGAGUGCAUUUAAGGGUCCACUUGAUCCAACCACAGCUUUAGGUGGAUUCUCUGGGAAUAAUUAUUCAGAGGCUUCUGCAUUUAUUAUAACCUAUCCGGUAAACAAUGAGAUUGGUAUGUCUGGCUCUGAGAAUGGGAAAGCUGUGGCUUGGGAGAAGGCUUUCAUUCAGUUGGCAAAGGAAGAGCUCUUGCCCAUGGUGCAAUCUAAGAAUCUUACAUUAUCCUUUUCAUCCGAAAGCUCAAUUGAGGAAGAACUAAAAAGAGAAAGUACUGCAGAUGUCAUUACAAUCUUGAUAAGCUAUCUCGUGAUGUUCGCUUACAUAUCUAUGACUCUGGGAGAUGCUCCUCGUAUAUCUUCCUUCUACAUUUCAUCCAAGGUAUCACUUGGACUUUCGGGAGUUCUAGUUGUGAUGCUUUCUGUUCUUGGGUCCGUAGGAUUUUUCAGUGCAAUCGGAGUUAAAUCUACACUAAUAAUAAUGGAAGUCAUUCCAUUUCUUGUUCUAGCUGUUGGAGUGGAUAACAUGUGUAUCCUGGUACAUGCUGUAAAACGGCAAUCAUUGGCAUUGCCUUUAGAAGGACGAUUGAGUAAUGCACUUGUUGAAGUUGGGCCAUCUAUUACGCUAGCUAGUCUAUCCGAGGUUUUAGCAUUUGCUGUUGGAAGUUUCAUUCCCAUGCCAGCAUGCCGUGUAUUCUCCAUGUUUGCAGCACUGGCUGUUCUUUUGGACUUCAUUCUGCAAGUUACUGCUUUUGUUGCCCUGAUAGUUUUUGACUUUUUAAGGGCAGAGGAUAACAGGGUGGACUGUUUCCCAUGCAUUAAAAUUCCUUCUGCUACUGAAUUGGAUGAAGAAAAUGUAGGCACUGAUCAGGAAAAGCCCGGUAUGCUGACUCGUUAUAUGAAGGAAUUCCAUGCACCCAUUCUUGGUCUUCGUGGAGUUAAAAUAGUUGUUAUUUGUGUCUUCUUCGGUUUAACCUUAGCUAGCAUUGCAUUGUGCACAAGGGUAGAAACUGGUUUGGAGCAGAAGAUUGUUCUUCCCCGGGACUCAUAUCUUCAGGGAUAUUUCAAUAACAUUUCUGACUAUCUCAGAGUGGGACCACCAUUAUAUUUCGUGGUGAAGAACUAUAAUUACAGUUCAUACUCAAGACAUACAAACCAGUUAUGCUCCAUCAGCCAAUGUGAUUCUAAUUCUCUUUUAAAUGAGAUAGCUAGAGCAUCUUUAGUACCCGAAUCAAGCUACAUUGCUAAGCCUGCUGCUUCAUGGCUUGAUGACUUCCUUGUAUGGUUAUCUCCAGAAGCUUUCGGUUGUUGCCGGAAAUAUACAAAUGGGACUUAUUGCCCCCCCGAUGAUCAGCCUCCUUGCUGUUCACCUGAUCAAGGUUCUUGUGACCUGGGUGGGGUUUGCAAAGAUUGCACCACGUGCUUCCUUCACUCAGACUUGCAUAAUGAUCGCCCAUCUACGGCACAAUUUAGGGAGAAGCUUCCUUGGUUCCUCAAUGCCCUACCAUCUGCUGAUUGUGCGAAGGGUGGACAUGGGGCUUAUACAAGCAGUGUGGAUCUGAAUGGUUAUGAAAGGGGUGUGAUUCAUGCAUCUGAAUUCCGUACAUACCAUACACCACUCAACAAACAAAGUGACUAUGUCAACUCAAUGCGUGCUGCACGAGAAUUCAGCUCUAUGGUUUCUGAUUCUUUACAGAUUGAGAUCUUUCCAUAUUCAGUUUUUUAUAUCUUCUUUGAGCAAUACUUGGACAUAUGGAGAACAGCAUUGAUCAACCUGGCAAUAGCUCUUGGUGUGUUCUCUACACCUAAUCUUGCACUUCUCAUUCUUCUAAUUAUUUGAAGUUGUGGCCUUCGG